AUGUCGAUUGUUAAAGUUAGUGUAAAAUGGAAUAAAGAAGUAUUUAAAGAUAUUGAAGUUGAUACAACAAUGCCGCCAGCCGUUUUAAAAGCUCAGCUAUUUUCAUUAACAAAUGUGCCCCUCGAACGCCAGAAGAUUAUGAUUAAAGGACAGACAAUCGGCGAUGAUACAUGGGGAAAAGUGCAGUUAACAAAUGGUUUAACACUGUUACUCAUGGGUACAGCUGAGGCAGUCCCUGAAUUACCAGCAGAAAAACCAAAAUUCUUAGAAGAUAUGACCGAACAACAAAUAGCGAGAGCAAUGCAAUUUCCAGGUGGACUCAAAAAUUUAGGUAAUACAUGUUACAUGAAUGCAACAUUGCAAUGUUUAAAAUCUGUACCCGAAUUACGUGAUUCUGUUAAACAAUUUAAUAUUUCGAAUCAACAUCGUGAUGGAACACAAAUGAUAAUAAAUGCAUUGAAAACCACCUAUCAACAAUUAGAUUCAAAUGUAGAUUCGAUUAUGCCAUUGACACUGCUGGCAUCAAUUCAUCGUGAAUUUCCACGUUUUGCUGAAAAAGAUGAUCAUGGACAUUUGAUGCAACAGGAUGCCAAUGAAUUUUGGGUUCAAAUGAUGCAAAUAUUACAAAUAAAUCUACCGGGAAUUAAAGAACAACAACAAAUUGCUAAUUCAAUAGCAGCCAGUAAUACCAAAAGUUUAGUCGAUCAAUUUUUUGGAAUUACUGUUAAAGCAACACUGAAAUGUGAUGAAGCACCAGAAGAACCGCCGUCCAUAUCCGAAGAACGUCUUCUCCAAUUGAGUUGUUUUAUAUCACAAGACGUUAAAUAUAUGCACACUGGAUUGAAAAAUAAACUAGAAGAAAAAAUUACAAAACGUUCGUCAACACUCGACCGGGAUGCACAAUUUACAAAAAUAACUCAAUUAUCACGAUUACCAGCUUAUUUAACAAUUCAAUUCGUUCGAUUCUUUUAUAAAGAUAAACAAAACGUUAAUGCUAAAAUCUUAAAAGAUGUUCAGUAUUCGAUUAUUCUCGAUGUGUUUGAUUUGUGUACACCAGAAUUACAAAAACGUUUAAUGCCAGUUCGAGAAAAAAUUAAAUUAUCCGAUGAUGCGAAAUUAGAACGUGACAGAGCCAAAAAACUCGGUGAAACAGUUGUUGAACCAAAGAAUUUAUCGAAAUUACAAACAUCAUUUCCUGACGAUGCUGGUUCAAAUAAUUCUGGUUUUUAUCAAUUGAUUGCUGUACUAACACAUAAAGGACGGUCAAGUUCAAGUGGACAUUACGUAGCAUGGGUUAGAAGAAAUCAAACCGAGUGGCUUAUGUUUGAUGACGAAAAUGUGACAGUUGUUUUAGAAGAAGAUGUUAUCAAAUUAUCUGGCGGUGGUGAUUGGCAUACGGCUUAUGUGUUAAUCUAUGGACCACGACCUGUUGAAAUUGAAGAAAAAGACUUAUCUGCCGGUGAAUCAUCUUCGAAUACCACAUCCUUGCCAACAACGGCAUCUAGUACUUGA